CGGCAGAAUCAAACACUCAGAGCUCUAAGUGAAAAGCUUCAGCUUGUUUUUCCAGAAACGAACCAGCUCACGAAAAUCAUGAACUCCAAAACUGCAUUGGCCGUGGUCAUUCUCUGCCUUGCUGUUGCUGCUCUAUCUGAAGGGAUGUCUUUGAAAAGCAUUGGACUGGAGCUCCGUUGUCAGUGCAUUCAAAAAGAAUCCAGAUUCAUCCAUCCCAGGCAGAUCCAGAAUGUAGAGCUCUUCCCCAGUGGACCGCACUGCAAGGAUGCUGAAGUCAUUGCCACACUGAAAUCCGGUCAUCAGAUUUGCCUGGAACCAACUGCCCACUGGGUCAAGAUAGUCAUAAAGAAAAUCUUGGAAAGCUCUCGGGCCUGAAAUCCUGCGCUGGAAAUUUAGAAGAGCAAACCUAAAGAGGAACUGAAAUACCUCUGAGGAUGGUCUUUUUAACCUCUUAUUUAUGUAUUAGUGUGUUGAUUUAUUUGUGUAUUUAUUUAUGCAGCAAUUUAUUUAAAUAAAUGUAUUUAAUAAAAUGUUAUUAGAUUGAACACCCUAUACAAACAGUUGUAUAGGGUAUCGAAGGACUGUAUCAGACCCUUCAGGGAUGUAUUUAAACUACAGAAAGUAUCUUAGUUGCAGGAAGUUCUAUACUUUACUUGAUACAGUAUUUUUUCAGGUUUUUUGUUCAAUUAUGCUGAAAAGUGGAAGCUGAUCUUGCAGUAUUACUCAGUGGAUUUUUUCAUUUUUUUGUAAAAAAUGUAAAAUGUGAACUUGACAUGUAAAUUGUACCUUUUUUGAAAAACAAUCAGUUGGUCAAAAAAUGUGAUGUAGUGUUAUACACUUGUCUAAUAUGUUGCAUUCGUUAUACUAAUGCAGCUGUGUAUGGCAAACUGUCAUAUUUAUUUUGUUUGUGUGUCAAACUUUAUUUUGUAAAAUAUACAUUUAAUUUAUUAGUCAAUUUUAUAUAUAUAUAUGGAAGGACUGUAUCAGACCAUUCAGGGAUGGAUUUAAACUACUAAUAAAU